UGAAGCGAAGUUUUCGAAAUGUUCGCUUGACAGGCUUAUGUACCGUUAAAAAAUGUAUUUUAAGCAGAGAAUUUUCGUCCUUUAACUCUGAACCGUUGACUUCUUUGAUUAAAUCUACUCUGAGUAACUUAGAAGAUUUACAGCUGGUACCUUUGAAGGUUAACAGUUGCAGUGUUGGAUGUAGAUUCGCGAAAUCGCAUAUUGAGUACGAAAUACUGGAUAAAAAUGACAUAGUGUUGUAUGAAAACUUUUCUAAUGUUUUUAAAAACGGAUUUGAUGCAUUGCACAGAUCAGUAGAGAAUGCCGAUACUGGAUUUUUCGGUUCCACAACUGAAAAUGACAGUUUCUUUUAUGCGCUAUCAGCACUUAGAAACCUCCUUACAGAAUCAGGUAUUAAUAUGGUGGUAUAUCAACAUGAUCAAGGAAAUACAAAUAUCCCACUUUUGAGAUAUGUUAUCUCAUAUGCAUGAAAUAUUUUGUGUGUGGCGGUCAGACAGGUUCAAUCACUGGCGGUCAGAGUAGCUCUUGGUAGAGGAAUGCAGGACGGUUCACUCCGAAAGACCAUUCGCGCUGAGUGUUUCGCUCCGAGGCAAUUCUUGCCACUUCCUUUAAUUAAGGGGAUUAGCCUCUCUCACCAUGAAAACUGUUUAAGGCAAAUGUGUCCACAUGGAGAUGCUUUUAAUAUGCAGACAGAGACUGUGAAGGCUGCAUUGCUUACAAACCACCUACUUUCUCAUCUUGUGUUUAACAGCAGAUACCUCCUUAACACUGGAGCAAAGGAGGAAGGACUUGUUAAAUGCCCUUGUUUAAAACCAUUGGAAUGCAGAACUCUCUUAAAUUAUGGACAGAUUGGUCUUGGUAGUGAAAGUCUUUGGUAUGGACAUCCAGAUAUUGUGCUGAUACCACCAGGGUCACCUAAUAUACCUGUCUGGUUUUAUGAAGAUCCUGAGCAUGAUAUGCAUAGUGAAGAUACAACAGACUUCCUGUCACAAAACAGUACAUCCGAUGAUCUGUGUAAAGUAACUGAGAAACAUUCUAUUUUUGGUGAUAAAGCUGGGCAGAUAAUAAGUCAAGCUAUAACACAUUCCUUCAGUGAAGCGAACAUGAACUGCAAACAAUUAACGGAAAACAAGCACCUGUUUCAUCACACACUUAUUCCAACAUUGACAUUAACACCAGACCAUUAUUGUGUUGUUAUGUAUGAUUAUGAAAAUGAUAUUUUGUUAAGUAGUGGGCAUCAAAAGAUGUCCCUAUGGGAUGACUCUGGAUUAAAAUUUAACCUUUCAGCUGUUUUGCAAAUUUGGAUGGUUCUAAAUCACAGAUUUUUCUCUCCAAAACUUGAUGAUGUAAUGCAGAGAGAUUUUUCUCAUAGUUGUAAUCUUCAUCAAACAUUAAAGGACAUGCAAGUGUUUGAUAAAACAAAAGACAUUUCUUUCAGACAUUCAUUUGAACAAAAAAGUAUGAAGUAUUUUAUGCCAUAUUCAAACUAUAUUAAAUUGGAAAAUAAGUGAUACUCAGAACAACAAAGUAUCAUUUCAGAAUAUUCAUACUGAA